AUGAUUUCACCUCUGACCAGCUCCAACGACAGCCUUGUGAGCCACCAAACCUUUGUCCUGAUUGGCAUCCCUGGGAUGCAGGAGAAGAACUCUUGGGUGGCCUUCCCACUCUUUGUGCUCUACGCCCUGACUCUGCUUGGGAACAUCACGAUCCUCUAUGUCAUCAAGAUUGACCAAAGCCUCCAUGAGCCCAUGUACUUCUUCCUUUGCAUGCUCGCCUGCUCCGAUCUGGCCCUGUGCAUGUCCACCAUGCCAACAAUGCUGGGGGUCUAUUGGUUUGACUCUGGGGAAAUCCCAUUCAAUGCCUGUAUCAGCCAGAUGUUCUUUAUCCAUAUAUUACAAGCAAUAGAGUCUGGCAUUCUUGUGGCAAUGGCUUUUGACCGCUUGAUUGCCAUCCGUGAUCCACUGAGAUACAAAUCACUUCUACCGAAUUCAGUAAUUGCAAAAAUAGGUAUAGCUAUCUUGUCCAGAGGUUUCUGUUUCUGUUUCCCAUUCCCAUUUCUCAUUAAACGGCUCCCUUUUUGCAGAUCCAAUGUCCUUUCUCACUCCUACUGUCUCCACCAAGAUGCCAUGAAGUUAGCCUGCGCAAGCAUAAAAGUCAACAUCAUAUAUGGCUUUGUUGUAGUCAUGUGCACUAUAAUGCUGGAUGUUCUCAUCAUUCUUGUGUCGUACAUCCUGAUCCUGAAGACUGUUUUGAGCAUUGCUUCUCGAAAAGAGUGUCUGAAAGCUCUCAACACCUGCGUCUCCCACAUUUCUGCCAUCUUGAUCUUCUACAUCCCAAUGAUUGGCAUCAGUGUGGCUCAUCGAUUUGGGAGACACCUUUCCCCCAUUGUCCACAUGCUGAUGGCCAACAUAUUUGAACAAACCAUAUUUGUUGCUGUCCCGCCACUUCUCAAUCCUGUUGUGUACAGUGUGAAGACCCAGCAGAUUCGGCAAAGGAUAUGCAACAUUUUGCAAUUUAAAAAUAAGUAG